GUACACACAAGCGCAUAACUCAAAAUAGAUGUAUUUCAUAUAUGACUGCCCUGGCGUGUCAUGUCCUAAGAUAAAUAACAAAACAGCGGUACUACUUUCAGAGCGAUACACACCCUGAUUGAGUACAUUUUUAGUGUGAUAUAAAAACGGUGACUAUGUGUGACUCAAAAGUGCCACUACUGGUGUGUACGUUUGUUGCCUCGACUUUCCUCAUCAUGUUGACAGCCAUCACCAUGCACAAAGAAUCUAUGUACUCUUUCGACCUCGAGAGCUUAGGUCUGAGUGGUAAAGUGAAUGGGACAGCCCUACACGACUGGUUUAGUGAAUUGGGUAUACCGAAUGUAAAUAUAAGUAUGCCUGAUAUACCCGAAUGGGCGUCUAGUUUAGGUGGAGGCCUCACCACCUUUGUAAGUUGGCCCUCCGGUAUGAGUUCCAAGUUAAAUGGGUGUAACUUCGAUGAGUGUACCUACGGACCACCAUACUUGUACUUUCUUGUCCCGUAUCGCAACCGGGGCAAGGGUCUGCAGCGCUUGGUGUUGGCAAUGGAUAUAGAUGCUGCACAAGCGAAGACCACUAACGCCAAAUGUGUAUGCUUUGGGAUAGGUGAUUACGAUGACGAAGUGAGCGGCUUGACCUCCUUAGAAGCGAUGGAGUAUUGGAAGGGAAGUCAUCACAUUGCUUCUUUGAAUGGUAAUUUCUCGAGAGGAGGGGGCAUUGAGCGCCUUUUUAAGCCGAAUUCGAUACUCGUCACACCAGAAGAACAAAGUAUUCUGUAUGUUAUGGAUACGGAUAUGAUGGUAUGGCCCGGUUUCCUUGACGACCUGAUUCUGAAUACACAGCCUGAUAUGGGUACUGUUCCCGUGUGUUGGUCACUGACUGACUACAGCAUCCGAAACAAUAAGACCGCUGGCUGGUGGCGUCAUAGUGGGAAAGGCAUGUGGAGUAUAUACGCAGAUAAGUUAAGAAAGGCUACAAAUAUGACCAUUUGUGGGUCUAGUAGCAAGUCCUGGGGAGGCGAAGACCUGGGUAUGCAGAAAGAUCUACGAUUCGCCAAAAAUCCUGCUAGAAUGAAACGCUACUGCAAUCCGUAUCUCUACCAUCUGGCACACCCAAAGGUUAGCUGGAAAGAUUCGGUCGACGGAAUGGGUAACACCGAAUUCUUGGCACCGGAAAAGGAGAAGUGGUAUUUGGAAACCAUUUAUAAUGGGUCUUUAUGGGAAAACUAUGAUAUAGGACCACCUUUAGGUAGGUGUGACAACUUCACUAGAAUGCUUAAUAACGAAUGGGCGUUGACUUAUAGGUAGAGUACAUGUACAAUAUACACGCAUGCAUGCGAUUGGUUAUCGCUGAACGGAAGGAGAAAUGGACCAUGGGUUAGCAGAAGUUAGAAGUGAUAUAGUCACAAGUUAAGUCGAGCAGGGGGCAGAUGAAGGCGCGAAGACAAAGAGAUAGGUUUGUAAGUGUCGCUGAUUAGUGUAAAGUCUGCGUUCCUAUUCAGCGAUUCAACUCUAUAGAGUACUAUUGUAUCAAAACACAAGUAUAUUUUAAAUUUUCAGAACAGAUCUACGAAUAUAACGUAAAUAUAAUAAAUAAACAUUACAGCUC